CAUUACGCCGCUAACGGCACGUUGACGCACAAUCGCACACAGUAAUGGCAGCGAGCGGUAAGAAGAGUGUUUUGCUCUCCUCUCUGGCGGACUAUGGAGACGAUUCAGAGCCGGACUCUGAUCCAGAACCAGAACCAGAGGAGCCCGCAGGGGGGCGAGUCGGCGGUCUGGUUUACAGCUAUGGAGACGACGACCUGAACCGAACUGAAGACGCUGAGGACAAAGUGUCGGGAGAUGAAGAAAGCCGAGAGAGCAACUCGCUAAGUAUCGAUAUUGAAGAAUCUGACGAGGCGAGGGAGGCAGAUGAAGUCGAGAUCUCAGAAUUGGAAAAAAAGGACCCCAAUGAGCUCGUUGCUCUUUUCUCGGAGAAAGUGAGGAACAUGUCCCCCGACGCCAUCAGAAUCCCCCCCGAGCCGCCGGGACGCUGCUCCAGCCAACUACAGGACAAGAUCCACAAGCUGUACGAGAGGAAGCUGCAGGGAGACUUCGACACAAACAACCACAUCCAGAAGAAGAAGGAAUUCAGAAACCCCAGCAUUUACGAGAAGCUCAUUCAGUUCUGCAGUAUAGACGAACUGGGAACAAAUUACCCGAAAGACAUGUUCGAUCCCCACGGCUGGUCGGAGGACUCGUACUACGAAGGCUUAGCCAAAUCUCAGAAAGUGGAGAUGGACAAACUGGAGAAAGCCAAGAAGGAGCGCACCAAGUGUGUUUCACAGAUUGAGUUUGUCACGGGGACGAAGAAGGGCAACAACCCCUCGAACACAGCGGCCUCCACCAACAGCAGCAACACCUCCACCACGUCUACAGAGGCCCAGAAGAGGAAGAGUAAAUGGGACUCAGCGAUCCCCGUGACUCUUUCCCAGCCCGCCGCCAUCACCACCAGCUCCUCGUUACCGGCCGUCGUCUCCGUCACCACCACCGCCAGCGGCACCAAGACCACCGUCAUCUCCGCCGUGGGAACCAUCCUGAAGAAGGCCAAGCAAUGAUCUCCACUACAAGAAGAACAGGAAGCUGCAACACCUGAGUUUAGGGCUGGGAGAUGUGAGGAACACUCAGAUAUCGGGACGUUUUCGGACUUCUUCGAUCGAUAUUUGAGUCACAAAGUGAUUACACGAUGGAAAUGUAGAUAAAAGCUCAUCAGUAAUGUGGACUCUCAAACCAUGAAAAAACACCUCUUACGAUAUCUUAAAUCCAUCUAUGUUAUCCAUUCUUGUAUCCAGAUGUCGAGAUAACAUCGGUGCGUUUCCCAGCCCUUCCCUGUACUCAUUAUAAAUGUGAGAAAGAUCAGAAAGCGGACGAAUGACAAUAUGGACUCUCAAUGUACGUUUUUUACCAACCAACCAACCAACUUCUAAAUACCCUCACAUCUAAAGACUAUCUCCUGGAUUGUAUAUCUUCAUUUUUAUGUCAUUAGUUUUGUUCCAGUAUUUUCUUGCUUACUAUAGUGGUUUUAUGUCAUUGUAGUCGAACACGUGCAUCAUUUAUUCAUUUGCAUGUUGACUGACCUGUUAGGUAACACUUUUUUUAGCUUGUACAUAUUUGAUGCUAAGGUGAAUAAAUGGAUCAGUUGUUGCCUUUUCUGUUG